GCCGAAUCGCGGCGCCUUCCGACCAAACUUCUCGCUGCCGCGCGGCCCCUUCCCCCGCCGCCCCCGCGGACGACGUGCCUUCCGGGGGCGCCGCCCCGCCCGCGCGGCUCCCCCGCCGAGGUGGGGAUGGGGGGGGGCAGUCUCAGGUUACAGGCGGCUUUGGAUCUCUUAGUGCCUUCCCGGGUCCGCGCGAGCGGAGGGCCGCCCCAGCCCGCCCCUCGGGGUCCAGAGGGGGUCCAGGUCAUCUCCCAGGGGAAGGAAGAGGCCGUGAGCAACGCGGCGGGGGCGCCCCGGACCUCGGCUCCGCUCCCGCCCGCGGGCGGAGAGGCGCCGUCCCCAGGUUCUCUCCUUCGCGCUGGCUCCCACCGCUCACCCCCGCGACUGGCAGCUCCCGCGUCCCGCCAGCACCGCGGCGGCUUGCAGGCUGAGAGCGGCGCACGCCGACUCUCCGCGCGCCCCAGCGCCUGGCCCGGCCUCCGCAGCUGGGAAAAACCAACCGGGGCCAGGGGAAGGCAGGCCCGCCCGAGGGUCCUCUCCCGCCCGGGGCCAGCUGGGCAGCCCUCCGUGGGGGGACUUAAGGAAGGGACCUUGGGGCCUCUGGCUGUGCGCCUCCUCCUGGUGGAAACUAAUGAGGAAUGGGCCGGAAAAGGCGAGGGAAUCCCUUUCUCUCCCCUCUCCCCGGCAUCCUUUGGUGGUUUCUCAUUUUGCGUAUUGUAUUUACCUUGUUGCACAGGAAGAAAACUGCUGGUGAAUCUCGUGGAAUUCACCCUGGUUCUGGCACGUAGGGCGGUAACAAAAUAGAUUUAGGCGUAACGGACAACAGCGCAAAGCAGCAGCAUAAAGAAAUGAGCUGAAAAUGGAUAGCGGCAGCCCAGCAAGGGGCCAGAGGGAUUCAGAAAGUUGACACCGGAGACUGCCAACUUAAGAUUGGUGUAAUUAAUGCGUCCCCACCUGUCCCGCCCCCGCACUUCUUGAAGAGAAUUAAAAGCAGAGGGAAGAAAACGGCAGGCAAAGCAUCCUA